ACUAUAUAAGACCGAACUAUUGUGCAGUUAGUCAACCAUAAUUCCCUUCCGUGAUUGAACAACAAACCGAUUUUAUAAAAGUUUUACGAACAAUAUUAAAAGUAAAACAUGAAUUUCAAAACGUUUAAAGUCUUGAUGGUAUCGAUUUUAAUCAUUUGCAAGGUUAAUUUUUCAACUUCCAAAACGAUAAAUAGAAACAUUGAUUCUGAAACUGGACAUGUUCGAGAUUGUCCAAAUGAUACAUUACCGACAACUCCAGCAUGUGGUUGUACCGACCCGAUUCCAACUACACCUUCACCUACAACACCGCCAUGUGGUUGUACCGAUUCGACUUUGACUCCACCGAACCCAACACCAAGUCCACCAUGCCCUCCAAGUACAUCAACUGAACAACCAGCUCCUCCAUGCACAGAUCCUCCAGCUUUCAACAUUCCAAAUCCAUAUCCAGAAUGCCCUUUGGUAGCCGAUCCACAAGUGGAUGUGUUAAAACCGUUACCUAAAUGUUGUCAAUUUGUUCAUUGUGAUAACUUUGGUGUUGGUCAUGUGAAAAAUUGCGCGCCAAGUGAUCCACCAUUGGUAUUUAGUCCAUGCGAGAACCGAUGUGUUUGGCCCUGGGAAGCUGGUAAUAUAACAUGUGAUCCUUGUACAUGUUAAGUUUAUGAUCGUGCCGACGAUAUUUUUCUCAAGACAAAUUAUGCACAAUUUAA